GCCUGGAGCUCAAGGUUCUAAUUCGGUGUUGGGGAAAAAUACUAGUAGGCAUACCACAUGCAUCAGAUUGUUGAUUAGUUGAUUUAAACAUGGAUAACUCAAAAUACCAGCCUAAUGAUCUAUUGGGUGUGAACAAGCUGGGAAAGAAUAUAAGGAAGAGUCCAUUGCAACCCAGUUUUACUAAUAAUGCUACAAAGCAGCAACCCCAGCCUCAUGUUUACAACGUAAGCAAGAAUGAUUUCCGAAGUUUUGUACAGCAGCUAACGGGUUCGUCUUCACAAUCACAAGAACCUUUACCCAGGCCUCCACAGAAUCCUCCCAAACCUCAAAGCCAGAGGUUGCAGAAAAUUAAGCCUCCCCCAUUAACGCCAGUCAACUCACCACUCAUUCCUCCUCAGGUCCCGGUCGAAGUUCCAGCCCCAGCCCCAAUACCAUCUCCAGUUCCACUUCCACCACAAGCUGCAGAGUCCCCUAUCUCAGCUUACAUGCGUUACCUUCAAGCAUAUAUCAUCGAUCCAAGUCCAGUAAGAGGCCAAGUUCAACCUCAACCGCAACCCCCCGUCCCGUAUCAGUCUCAAACUCAACCACCCUCUUCUGGAUUACUUCCCAAUCCACCAAUGCCCCCAUUCCCCUCUCCGAGCGGAGUAAAUGGCCAUUUAACACCAAUACCUAAUAUACUUUCCCCAAGAAUGAAUGGACCUGCUUUUUCUCAGUUUCUUUUGCCAUCACCCACUGGUUUCCCCAACUUCUUGUCUCCUCGCUCCCCUUAUCUUUUACUAUCCCCUGGAGUUCAAUUUCCUUCAAUGACACCCAGAUUCCCUUUUUCACCCCGGCCUCAGUGAGGGAUUUUAGGAUAGUUUUCCUUUGGUUCAAUAUUUUACCCUUUUGGUUUUUGUCUGUUCUUUUGUUGUGUUGAUUGCCAUUUCACAACAUCGUUUUCGGGCUAAGAUUUUGUUGUGACGACAGCAGCAUUUUGGAAUUAUCAGCUGUAACAAGAAAGACAGCUAUACAACUUGUAAGGAGCUAUGAUUACAGUCAUCAAAAUCGAACAAAGUAGUCAAGCUAGUGGGAGAAUUCUUGUGUGUGUUGGAAUCUGUACUAUUGUGGAUUAAAUGUUAUAUAAUCAG